GAAAUGCGUUGUGUCGUCUAUAUUGGCAUCCAUGUAUCAUCUCCCAUUGUUAAUUGUGCUUUUUGACGGUACAAAUCACUUCCGAAUUAAAAUUAUCCGGCUGAAUUAUUAUUAAGCUAAAGAUGGCAUAUCAUCCAGAUAAACCAAUUUAUUUUCCCUAAUAAUUCUUGUCCGCGCGUUUAGAGCAACUGCUAUAAAUAAAUUACUAGAUCACAUGCUUCACUUCACAUAAGCUGAGAGAGAGAGAGAGAGAGAGAUGGAGAAUCAUGUUUUACUGCAAAUCAUUGGCUCUUUUGCUGCAGUUGCCAUUCUUGCUCUAUUUCUCAAGCUGUACAGCACCUUGGUGGCGACGCCGCGGCGGCUGCAGCGCAUGCUGAAACAGCAAGGCUUCGGAGGGCCCCCGCCGGCUCACUUCCUGCUGGGAAACAUCAUGGAAAUCAAGAAGCCGCCACAGACCUCCACGACGGCGGAGGCGGCGCCUGCAGAUCCUCACAACUUCGGACCUCAAUUAUACUCUGUUUUCCGCAAAUGGAGGCGACAAUACGGUGAUAUAUAUACGUUUUUAUUGGGAAACACACCGGUAGUAGUGGUGGAUAAUUAUGAUGUAGUGAGAGAGUUAACUACUAGCACAUCGAUGGAUUUGGGAAGACCUUUAUACCUUGCAAAAGAUUUUGAGGCUUUGCUAGGCAAAGGCAUUUCUGCAGCAAAUGGGAAAUUAUGGGCUUAUGAAAGGAAAGUUAUGGCUCCGGGAAUGUUCAUUCACAAAGUCAAGGGAAUGAAAAAUUCAGUUCAGCAAUCAGCACUGAUGUUGAUAGAUUUGUGGAAAGGCCUGAUUGAGGCUGAAGGUGGCAAAGCAGAUAUCAAAAUUGACGAUCACCUGAAAAAAUUCGCCGGCGACGCGAUUUCGAAGGUUUGUUUUGGAAGCAACUAUGCCGAAGGAGAGCAAAUUUUUCAAAAAAUCACUGGUCUUCAACUGGCCAUUGCUAAGAAGGGUUUCUUCUUAGGCAUUCCUGGCAUGAGCUAUAUUCCGACGAAGCACAACAGGAAAAUGUGGGAGCUGCGGAAAGACAUCAAAGGAUUGAUCUUGAAAUUACUCAAGGAUAAAAAUGAAGUAGACACAGAAAAAAAUAUGAUGAAAAUCAUUCUUGAAGGGGCUAAAGGAAGCAAUAUUCUAAGCCCAAAUGAAAUCGAGGAUUUCAUCGUGGACAAUUGCAAAACCAUUUUGUUAGCUGGUUAUGAGCCCACUUCGAUUGCAGCUUCUUGGUGCCUCAUGCUCUUAGCUUCCAAUCAAGAAUGGCAGCAGCGUGCGCGAGAAGAGGUCAUUCGAGUUUGCAAUGGACGAGUUCCGGAUAUGGAUUCCAUAGACCAGAUGAAGCAGCUGACAAUGGUGAUCAAUGAAUCAUUGAGGCUGUAUCCGGCGGGGCACAUAGUGUCAAGAUAUGCGCUAAACGACGUCGGAUUGAGCAAAAUUCGUAUUCCAAAGGGUGUUAUCGUGUGGAUAAUGGCAACAACACUGCAUACGGAUCCAGACAUAUGGGGCUCAGAUUCUUACGAAUUUAAACCGGAGAGGUUCGGCAAUGGCAUAGCCGGCGCAUGCAAACUCCCACAUUUGUUCAUGCCAUUUGGGUUCGGACCGAGGAUGUGCUUGGGGCACAACCUAGCCAUGGUUGAGCUCAAGAUUCUUCUUGCUCACGUGCUCUCCAACUUCUCCUUCUCUCUCUCCCCAAAUUAUGUUCAUGCUCCGGCUAUAAAUGUUCAUCUUGAACCCGGAAAAGGGGUGCACCUCGUGAUGGAGAGCUUGGAUCAUUCUUCAACGGAUCAUUAAGAUGGGAUAUAUAUAUGUAUGUGUGAAAUUUAGUUGUGACCUCUUCUAUUCCUUGUUAUAUCAGUAUUUCAUUUAUCACUUCUUCUGUCGUGUCAGUAAAAAUAAUGAAAUUAGAAGAUCUAUAAUUAAUCAAUCAAGCUUAAUUUAUUUCUUU